GAUCAAAAUUGUCCUACACACCGAAUGACUGGUUACGUCGCGAGCUGUCAGACCACAAGCAGGGACGGCAAUUAUAAUUCAUUCUCAUCUGUUAUCCGACUGCAGUCGGCAAAAUGUUCGAGGAGGCGAGUGAAGUGUUCGACAACAUGUUUAAAUCUUCCUUCCCCCUCACCUUCAUCGUUUUUAUCCCGGCGGUGCUCAUCCUGGUGUCACCACUCCCGGCCGAAGCUGCACAUGAAUUCACGGUUUAUCGCAUGCAGCAAUAUGACCUGCAGGGACAGCCUUACGGUACCAGAAAUGCCAUCCUGAACACCGAAGCUCGUACUGUGGAGGCGGAGGUGCUAAGUCGCCGCUGUGUCAUCAUGCGACUAGUGGACUUCUCCUAUGACAAAUAUCAGAAAGCCUUGCGCCAGUCGGCAGGGGCUGUGGUCAUCAUCCUGCCUCAAAACAUGUCUUCUAUGCCUCAGGACAUAGUGCAGCAAUUCAUGGAGCUCGAGCCGGAGAUGUUGUCCACAGAGACCAUCGUCCCCGUCUACUUUGCCAUGGAGGAUGACGAACUGCUGUCCAUUUACACGCAAACCCUGACCUCCUCCUCCUCCCAGGGAGCCUUGUCUGCAGCUGAAGUAUUGCUGCAUACGGCCACAGCCAAUGGCUUCCAAAUGGUCACCAGUGGUGCUCAGAGCAAAGCGAUGAGUGACUGGGCCAUCACCAGUCUGGAAGGCCGCUUGACUGGUGUCGGAGGAGAGGACCUACCGACAAUCGUGGUGGUGGCUCAUUACGACUCCUUUGGAGUUGCUCCGUGGCUGUCAUAUGGCGCCGAUUCAAAUGGAAGCGGAGUUUCCAUGUUACUGGAGCUGGCCCGUCUCUUCUCGAAACUGUACACCUACAAGAGGACACAUGCUGGAUACAACCUGCUGUUCUUUGUUUCUGGUGGGGGGAAGUUCAACUAUCAGGGCACCAAACGCUGGCUAGAAGACAAUCUGGACCACACAGAUUCUAGUCUUCUCCAGGAUAAUGUUGCCUUCGUGCUGUGUCUUGACACUUUGGGCAACGGAGACGCUCUCCACCUGCACGUAUCCAAACCUCCAAAAGAGGGAACUCCUCAAUAUGCUUUGCUCAAGGAGCUGGAGACGGUGGCGGCCAGCCAAUACCCCGGGAUGAAGUUCUCCAUGGUCCACAAGAAAAUCAACCUGGCUGACGACAUGCUGGCGUGGGAACACGAGCGCUUCGGGAUCCGCCGCCUGCCGGCCUUCACGCUCUCGCACCUGCCCUCGCACCGCCUGGCUCAGCGCUCCAGCAUCAUGGACGUGCGGUCAGUGUCUUCCUCCCCUCGCUACGGAGCAGGAGAGCCCCCUGCUGGGCCACAUGUAGACAUUGAGAAGCUGAGCAGGAACACAAAGGUGGUGGCAGAGGCUCUAGCCCGAGUCAUCUACAACCUCACAGAAAAGGGAGCCUCCGGCGACCUGCACAUCUUCACUGAACAAAUGCAGGUACAAGAGGAGCACCUGUCCGCCAUGGUGGACUGGCUCUCGGCUCAGCCGCGGGCCGCCCAGCUGGUGGACAAGGACAGCAGCGUGGUGUCCACUUUAGAGUACCACGUGGGCCGCUACCUCAAGGAUGUCAAGAAACAUUACAUCAAAGCAGACAAGCGGGAUCCAGAGUUUGUCUUCUACGACCAGCUCAAGCAGACCAUGAAUGCUUACAGAGUCAAGCCCGCCAUCUUUGACCUGCUGCUGGCUGUCUGCAUUGCUGCCUACCUGGGCGCCAUGUAUUUUGCCAUCCAAAACUUUGGAAUGUUAUACAGCAUUGCGCGGAGAGUCACCCAGCCCAAAGUGAAGGCCCAUUAAAGACAACAGUAACACAUUCCCACCCCACAAACUUUCUGUUUCCUGUUUUCGACAUCCACUCAGGGUGCUUUUCAAAGCCGCCCCAAGUCAUUCCCAUCAUCCUCUGCGACACGCCUUCCUGUCCUCGCCGCCAUCUUGAAAUCUGCAUGCUGCCAGAAGUAGUUUGACACUCCCCCUCCCUCCCCACCUCAACUCUUGUCUUCACCAAUGCACUGAUGUCACUGGCAGCUGGAGGGACACAAAUCUGUCUUACUGCGUUUAAUUGUUUGGCACUUCUUUAAAAAAACAAGCAGUCCUUUGAGUGAAACUACCUGAAAUAGGUUGGAUGUUUUUGAAUCCAUCCAAUUCAUUCCAAGUACAGUAUUUGCCCACAUGGUGUGCUCAAUGACCAGUACGGGGAAAAUGUCAACGAUGGAAAAGUACCCAAAAGUUCACACUAAUGAGUUGCCACCAGCGAAAUCUCUAAUCUUGAUUCAAAAUGAGCGGUAUGUUAAAAACACAAACCCAACAGAAAUACUGUUCACCAAUUAAGUUAAUGUGAAGUAGUAUGUAAGUAACUGUUUCAUGUUAAGAUAUCCACUACAGUUUGUCCCCCUUAAAAGACAAAAAAGAUACAGUAGAGCUUAGUCAAAAUCAACCCCUUAAAAGUGAUUCAAAUUGUGUGUAUGUGGCUUAAUGUUUCUUAUUCUGACCUUCCCAAUGUCCCGUGUUUGAAUGGAGCCAAAGGCAAAAUGCACAAGUCCAUUUUCUUGUCUAAUCACAUCUUUGUGUGUAAGAGUGCAUCUGCAACUUGAUAAAUUACUUUUUUCUUUGUUAUCACUGUGCGUUACCAUGAACUUUUGCUGAUUGUGGCAAACGUGUAAGUGUGCACGUUGUGUCACUUAAGUGGACACAGCCACAGAAAGCGGGGAGGGGGUGAACAGGUGCCUGGUGAUAAGCAAAAUCUUCAGAAUAACAUUUUUUUUUCAACUGUGAGCUGCAGGUUAUUUUGUGUGUGUGUUUUUACUGCAUGACUUGUUCUUCUUCCCCAAAUCAAAAGACACACUUUCAUGACAGUUAAUUUAUUGAACAUUGGUGGAACCUGAAUAAUGAUCUUUGCAAAAAAAAAGUGAUUAAAAAAAUGUUAA